CUCACAGAAGGGGAAAAAAAACUCAACCAAACAAAAAACCUCUCACUUCUGAGCUUGUGAGGCUUUCAGUGGCAUCUGAGUGUGGUCUGUGAUCAAUAGGCAUGGGAAACAUCUCCUUUUGGGAUGAUCUGAACAGCUCCUGCAGCAACGCAGGCAACAGCUGCUACGUGGAAAACAGCAUGAGGUUCAACUUCACCCUCCAAGAGCAGGCAGCUGAUUUCUACGUUGUCCUGCCCGUGAUCUACUCUGUGAUCUGUGCUGUGGGGCUCACAGGCAACACUGCUGUCAUCUAUGUGAUCCUCAAGGCUCCCAAGAUGAAGACUGUGACCAACAUGUUCAUCCUGAACCUCGCUAUCGCUGAUGACUUGUUCACCCUUGUCCUGCCCAUCAACAUUGCAGAGCACCUCCUCCGCUACUGGCCCUUUGGAGAAAUCCUCUGCAAAGUCAUCUUGUCCAUAGACCACUACAAUAUCUUCUCCAGCAUUUAUUUCCUGACAGUGAUGAGCAUAGACAGGUACCUGGUGGUACUGGCUACAGUCAGGUCCAAGAGGAUGCCCCACCGCACGUACCGAGCAGCCAGGAUUGUCAGCCUGUGCAUCUGGAUCCUGGUCACCAUCAUAAUCCUCCCUUUCAUCAUCUUUGCCAAUGUCUACACCGAUGACCUGGAGAUCAAGAGUUGUGGGCUCAAUUUCCCCAAGCCUGAGAGGUUUUGGUUCAAAGCCAGCAGGAUCUACACCCUCAUCCUUGGCUUUGCCAUUCCCGUAUCCACCAUCUGCAUCCUCUACACCAUGAUGCUCUACAAGCUGAGGAACAUGCACUUGAACUCCAAUGCCAGAGCCCUGGACAAAGCCAAGAAGAAAGUCACCAUCAUGGUCUUCAUAGUCCUGGCUGUGUUCCUCUUCUGUUGGACCCCCUUCCACUUGGCCACCAUCGUGGCUUUGACCACUGACCUUCCCCAGACUUCCAUGGUCAUUGGGAUAUCCUACUUCAUCACCAGCCUAAGCUACGCCAAUUCAUGCUUGAAUCCUUUCUUGUACGCUUUCCUGGAUGACAGUUUUCGGAAAAGUUUCCGGAAGUUGCUGGAAUGCAGAACUUCUUGAACAGGGGAUUGGGGCUGGCAGGUCCCUG